AUGGGCAAAAGUAUAGCAUCAAUUGGGACAGCUGGGGGCUCUCAUGUAUCAAAUACCUCUUCCUUCCAGCCGGCCAAUACUCGUGGCUUCUCUUCGCCUACAGUGGCCCGAGAGAAGCGACAAAAGUUUGAUCGGGACGUCAUUGUGUCUGUCCUAGAGUCCACAGCCACAAGGCGAGAUGCCAAGGGCUACCUCCAAAAAUAUGCAGCACCAAAGCCUACUCCUCCAGUAUCAGCAUCGUCGACGCAAGUUGAGCAUCAGCUCAAACCUCCCGCAAGGCAACUCCAAGCUCAGCCGCCAUUCAACGUCGCCAUUGUUGUCUUACGGAAUCCCCAAAAGCUUCAAGCAGACACAAUCAAAGGAAUAGCCAAGACUCUAACGCAGCUUCGGGCUCUUGGUCUGAUGAGCGUCGUUGUUGUGGACUGUGACAUGGACGAGAGCCGUUUCACUUUUCAACAUGAAGCUCUGAGGCUUUGCGAAGCCGUUGAUUCCUUUGGCAAACAUGGCUCCAGAUUGAUCGAAAACGUACUUGUCGGUACUUCGCACUUUCAAAGCGCCACCCCUUCUCCAUUCUGGGAUGAUAUACAGGUCCAAGACUAUGGUAUCCUGAACCGCGCGCUUCAACAUAACAUGAUAACAGUCAUUCCAUCUCUUGCGCGGAACAAUGAGACCAUGUCCCCUGCGCCUGCUGAUGUUCAGAGAACCGUUCUUGCAUUGACGAGAUACUUCACGGGACUACAGUUUGAUGAUGAUUCAAGCAACAGCCAAGGUGGAGGCUAUGGACGAGCUAAUGAGCCCCUUGCUUCCGUCGAAAGAGUCAUUAUCCUCGAUCAGUUCGGAGGCAUUCCCAUGAUUGGUCGUCCUGAUGUUUACCACAGAUUCAUCAAUCUUGAACAAGAGUACAACAUACUCCUUGAUGAACUGGACGGCGGCGGUGAUGGCUCAUCGGAGGCAGAAAAAGGCAGACGCAAUGGUGGAACUUCUGCUGCCCACGCAAGAAACCUCAAGCUAGCAAAGGACACCCUAUCUCUCUUACCCGAGACGGCUUCUGUUCUUAUAACUUCUCCGUUCGCCGCAUCCAAUACGUCGUCGGCCUCUUCAGGGCUUCCUACUACGCGAGACAGCAAAUACCAGUUUGGUUUUGACGGCAUGGUCACCACUCGCAGAAAACAAAAUCCUCUCCUCCAUAAUCUCCUUACCGAUAAACCAGUAUACUCUCCCUCGUUGCCAUUUCAACGCAUCCAGUCUCCCGGACUGGCAUUUUCAAAUACAGGAGAGUCAAUUAGUGCAACUCUCGUCAAGCGAGGCAUGCCGUUGACAAUCUACCCCGACCCGAGAAUCUCUCCGUGGAAACCAGCGGCGCCCGGAGAGCGCGGCCCGCAGCUCACUGAUAAAUCCAUUGAUCUACCCCGGCUCGUCACUCUAAUUGAGGAUUCUUUUGGUCGCAAGCUGGACGUCAAAGACUACUUGCGACGAACAAAUGAGAACUUGGCAGGAGUGAUUAUUGCGGGAGAAUACGAAGGAUGUGCUAUUCUGACCUGGGAGAGGCCGAAAAGUAUUGAUCCUCGAACGGCCUAUGACGAGGGACGCUACGUCCCGUAUCUCGACAAGUUCGCUGUUCUUCGGAGCCGUCAAGGCAGUGGUGGAGUUGCUGACAUUGUGUUCAACGCCAUGGUCCGCGACUGUUUCCCCGACGGCGUGAUUUGGAGGAGCAGGAAAGACAACCCCGUCAACAAGUGGUAUUUUGAGCGGUCGGUGGGCACCAGUAAGCUGUCCGAUUGCAACUGGGCCAUGUUUUGGACCACGCUGGAGCUGAGCAGCAAGAGUCCACAACUCAAAGACUACGAGGAAGUGUGUAGAGAAAUUAUGCCAUCCUGGGCAGACAAUAUUCAGAAGCUAGAAUAG